AUGGAUAUUGUUAAACAAUGUAAAAAUUUACUGUUAUUCAUCAAAAGAAUCAGAAAGAUAGUUUUUGAUAAAUUCACAGCUAAAGACAAAGAAAUUUGGGUGAAACGCCUAACGAAACAAAUCAAAACUUGUAAUAAAGAAAGGGACUCCGGUUUUGCAUUAAAUAGAAUUGUAUCUUUAGAAGUAAAUAUUAAUCGAUAUGAAAUUGGAAAUGGUUCCUCGUAUAUUAAACUUCCUGCGAGUAUUCAAAAAAAGCGUGCUUGUAUUAAUGUAAAAAAUUCUGAUCAAGCAUGUUUUUAUUGGGCAAUAGUUAGUGCCCUCUAUCCAGCUAAAGCACAUAAAGAACUCCCAUCCUCAUACCCAUGGUACAGUACAGUACUAAAAACAGAAGACCUAGAGGCACCAAUGCCGUUACAUCAAAUUUCAAAAUUUGAAAAAUUAAAUAAUAUACCAGUCAAUGUAUUUGCUUUAGAAUUAAUAGAAAAUAAUGAAAAGUCAUUUUUCACAGUAUAUCCAGCUAGAUUAACUAAAACAGUCGUUGCCAAACAUGUAAAUCUUCUUUUAAUUCAGAAUCACUAUUUUCCUAAAUUAAACGAUUAUGAAGCACCUCCAGUGGAUAAUGAUAAUUCAGAAAUUAAGUACCACUACUGCCACAUUACGGAUAUGUCUAAAUUAGUUGCUGGUCAAUUAAAUAAAAGAAAGGUCAAAUUAUUUCUUUGCAAUAGAUGCUUAAAUUAUUUUUCAACUGAAGGGAAAUUGUCGGAACAUGAAAAAAUGUGUGCAGAUAUGAAUAAUUGUAAAAUGUCUUUUCCUAAAUAUGAUGCUGUUAGUUUUAAAAAUUAUACUUAUAAACAAACAACGCCAUUUGUCAUAUAUGCAGAUUUUGAGUGCAUGUUAGAAAAAGUUACAGACCUCCAAACAUCCUCUUGUACUAAAAAAUAUCAAAAACAUAUUCCGUAUAGUGCUGGAUACUAUGUAAAAUGUAGCUAUGAUGAAAAGUUGUCUUUUUUUAAGAGUUAUAGAGGCAUUGACUGCAUGGAGUGGUUUGCUAAUGAAUUACCAAAUUUAGCUCAAAGUAUUCAUUCGAAAAUUAAGAAAAUUAUACCAAUGCAGGAAAACCCGAGUACCAGUAAAGCCACAAGGUGUCACAUAUGCGAAAAAUGUUUUUCUCCUACAGAUAUCAUUGUUAAAGACCACGACCAUUUUACGGGGGAGUUCAGAAAUUUCGCCCACCAAGCCUGUAAUUUAAAUUUUAAAAAAUUGUUUGUCGUCCCAGUUAUUUUUCACAAUAUGAGUGGCUACGACAGUCAUUUUAUAAUUUCAGAGUUAAGCAAAAAAGGAGAUAUUAGUCUACUUCCAGUCAAUAAAGAAAAAUACAUUUCAUUUACACUUAACGAUGCUGUUACUAAUAUAAAAUUUCGAUUUAUUGAUUCAUUAAGAUUUUUAGGAGCCUCUUUAGAUGAAUUGGUUUCAACAUUAAAUAAAAAUGACUUUAAAAUUUGCAAGCGAGAAUUUAGCAGGUUAAGUGACGAUGAAUUUAAAUUAAUAACUAAAAAAGGGGUAUUUUGCUAUGAUUUUAUUGAUUCUUGGGAAAAAUUAAACAUUACCGAUUUACCUCCAAUAGAGGCAUUUUAUAAUAAGCUAAACGAUACGAAUCUUACAGAUGAGAAGUAUGCUCAUGCUAAAAUAGUUUGGGAUACCUUUAACAUUGAAAAUUUAGGUCAAUAUUCAGAUUUGUACAGUUUAUCCACUAAUAAUUUUCCAACAUAA